GGCUAGUUAAUGCUGCGUCUUCCUUUAUCUCCUCACUCUCUGAUUGACACAGGAGUGAUCCACAUCUCUCCCUCUUUGAGGUAAAUCGCCAACAUGUCCGACACCGAGGAAGUUGGUGAUUAUGAAGAGCAACAGGAAGAGGAACAGGAGUAUGGCCAGGAAGAAGUCGAGCAGCAGGAGGUAGAAGAGGAACCGGAGGCUCAGGAGGAAGAAGUACCACAAGAAGAGGAGAGGCCAAAGCCAAAGCUUGUUGUUCCCCAGCUCUCUGGACCCAAAAUCCCUGAAGGGGAUAGGGUUGAUUUCGAUGAUAUCCACAGGAAGCGCAUGGAGAAAGACCUCUUGGAACUCCAGACUCUGAUCGACGCUCACUUUGAGCAGCGGAAGAAAGAAGAAGACGAACUGAUCGGGCUUAAAGACAGAAUUGAACGCCGAAGGUCAGAGCGCUCGGAUCAGCAGCGAGAACGUGCGGAAAAGGAGCGGGAACGUCAGACAAAGUUACUAGAGGAGAGAACACGUAAGGAGGAUGAGGAGGCAAAGAAACGGGCUGAGGAUGAUGCUAAGAAGAAGAAAGUCCUGUCCAACAUGGGAGCUCAUUACGGCGGUUACCUUGCUAAGGCAGAACAGAGACGAGGCAAGAGGCAGACGGGACGUGAGAUGAAGAAGAAGAUCCUGGCAGAGAGACGCAAGGCUCUCAACAUCGACCAUCUCAGUGAUGACAAACUGAAAGAAAAAGCGAAGGAAUUAUGGAACUGGAUGCACCAGUUGGAGUCUGAGAAGUUUGAUCUGAUGGAUAAAUUCAAGCGGCAGAAAUAUGAGAUUAAAAUUCUCCAUAACAGGGUUCAGAUAUUUGCUAAGCACAGUAAGAAAGCAACAGGAAAAGGCAAGGUGGGAGGUCGCUGGAAAUAAAAA